AUGAGCGAAUCUGGUCAAAAAGCUGUAAGCAAGCACAUACCCUCUCAUGAUUCUUUAACACAAGGGUACUUGAUCGAACCACUUCGAUUUCAUGGUUGUGACAAUUGCGGUCUCCUGGUGGAGUUUUUUCCAUACAGGGCAUUGAUGACGCGCAGCAGAGAGGCCGAGUUAGGGUUCGCAAGCAAAGAGGGCAAAGAGAAAGCAAUAUUUCGUUGA